UCGGUUUAAAUUUUCAACAGCAUUCAUUUGACCACUGUUUCCAAGACCAACUGUUGCCACUUGUUCCAUAUUUGACAUAUGUUUAUCUCGUCGCAAUAACCUGUCAAGAGACCUAGUAACUGAACAUACGCCACGACAAACAAAUGUCAUUCUCCGCUUGAAGAAGAAAAAAACAAAAUCGUCGUUGUAGUAGUCGUCGCGCAAGAAAAAAACACACAGAGGCCAAAAAGUAAAAAAAGAAAAAUAUAUAUUUAAGCAAAUUAAAGCAACGGGAAAGAACGAAAACAUCUAAAAACAUUUCAAAGGAAAAUUGCGUCUUUGAUUUUGUGAGGCAAAUGAACUGAAAGGCAAAGAAAACCAUAAAAAACGUAAACAAUUUUCAAUCGAAUUGGAAUUCUCCACCACAUCCCAACCAUAAUAAUUGUGGUGCGUAGUAGUAGUGUUGGUGGCGAUUAUAGUAUGUUGUUGGAAGACGACGUGUGUCGCUAAAGAAGAAAUAAAGUGAUCACAAAGAAGGAAAGAAAAAAAGAAACAAAAUUCAAUAAAAAUAUUUGGAAAAUUUUUCGGCCAGGCAACGUAAUUUAAAUUAGCCGCCGCUUCGUUACAAAACAAACAACAACAGGCCGAGAUAACAGAUCAACGGCCCAACAUUACAAAACAAAGAGGCAACCAAGAAAACUUCGAUUCCCAGCCUCAUUAUGAGUGUAGCCCGCCACAUAGUGUUACUAUCCCAGCUGCAGAAAGCUGGUGUCCAUCAUUGUUGGUUAAGAGGUCUUUAUUGUCCCAAUCAUCAUGCCCAAUCGGGAUGUUUAUCAGCCUUGGCGACACGUUGUCUUCACAUUGCCACCAAUCCACGAAUUGACAUAACUCUGGCACAUGCUGCCGGUGCCGGUAGUGGUGGCAUUGGUACCGGUGCUGGUGGUACUGUUGGCGGUGGUAAUUCCUCUUCGUCCUCAGCUUCUUCGGGAGGUAGUGGCGGUUCGAAUAGUGGUUCUAGCUCAGGAGAACCUCCAAAUGAUAAGAACUUUUUACAAUGUCCAAAAUGUGGCAGUCCCUGUACUCAAGUGGAAACAUUUGUUAGCUCGACCCGUUUUGUCAAAUGUGCCAAGUGCAAUCAUUUCUUUGUCGUACUCUCCGAAGUUGAUACAAAACGUAAUAUCAAAGAAGAAACAAAAAAUCAAAGAAAACCCCCACCACCACCACAGAAAAUUAUGGAAUAUUUGGAUAAACAUGUUGUGGGUCAGGAUUUUGCCAAGAAAGUUCUCUCCGUGGCCGUAUACAAUCACUACAAACGUAUACAUCACAAUUUGCCACAGGUGAGUCCACAACAACAACAGAUGUCACAGAAUGGUGGCAUGAUGAACGAUCCAAUGGGCACGAGAACUGAUUUGUUGCAUAUUACGGGAAUUGGUCACACCAUUGCUUCAUCGGGUACUGAAUUACCACCCAAACAGGCACAGAAUGCCGGCGGGGCAGGUGGACAUCAUCAUAGUGGCCAUGAUUCGGGCUCGGAGAUCUUGGAUAAACAAAACUAUGAAAUCAAAUUGGAAAAGAGUAACAUUAUCAUGCUGGGACCCACCGGUUCGGGUAAGACCCUAAUAGCCCAGACCAUAGCCAAGUGUUUGGAUGUACCCUUUGCCAUCUGUGAUUGUACCACAUUGACACAGGCCGGUUAUGUGGGCGAGGAUAUUGAGAGUGUUAUAUCAAAGUUGCUGCAGGAUGCCAAUUAUAAUGUGGAACGUGCCCAAACAGGCAUUGUGUUCUUGGAUGAGGUAGACAAAAUCGGUGCCGUCCCUGGUAUACAUCAGUUGCGCGAUGUUGGUGGUGAGGGUGUACAACAGGGCAUGCUCAAAAUGUUGGAAGGCACAAUUGUCAAUGUACCCGAACGCAAUUCACCGCGUAAACUGCGUGGUGAAACCGUACAGGUGGAUACCACAAAUAUACUCUUUGUUGCCUCGGGAGCCUACACCGGGCUGGAUCGUCUCAUUGCAAGAAGGCUCAAUGAAAAGUAUUUGGGUUUUGGUGCUCCCACUUCCGGCUCGUCUGGUCGCCGUGCUGCCCAAUCAGCCGCCAGUCCCAUGGACGAUGAUCAGGAGGAACGUGAUAGAUGUUUGACAAAAGUACAAGCUCGUGAUCUCGUGGAAUUUGGCAUGAUACCGGAAUUCGUUGGCCGUUUUCCCGUUAUUGUGCCGUUCCACAGCCUUAAUGUUAAUAUGUUGGUUCGCAUUUUAACUGAACCCAAAAAUGCUUUAAUUCCCCAGUAUAAGGCCCUAAUCGGUUUGGAUCAUGUCGAUUUGACAUUUACAGAGAACUCCAUUAAAGCCAUUGCCGCCUUGGCCAUGGAACGUCAAACCGGUGCCAGAGGUUUACGUUCAAUAAUGGAACAACUUUUACUCGAUCCCAUGUUCGAAGUUCCCGGCUCCGAUAUCAAGACUGUACAUAUAACUUCGGCCUGUGUUAAGGGUCAAUCGCCACCCAUCUACAUACGUAAGGAUGAAAAUGUCAAUAGCAGUAAUGAAAGUACCACAGAUGACAGUGAAGAUAGUGAGACAACAAAAGUUCGUGCAACGCAGUAAACGAAUUGGAA